UUGAAAACAGAACCAAGAACCCUCACAACAUUAUUAUUUCUCCUUUUCAGCUCAUCAGAACCCAUAGAAUCACUUGACAGUUUUGUUUCUGGGGUGGGGAAUAGAUAGGAUGGGGAAUUUGAUGGAGACGUGCACACAGAGGGCAUUACAGGAAGAGGAGGAGAUGAAGGGACAAAAGCAAGAAGGAGGUGCAGGGGAGUUUUUCAAGGAAAAAGGUUUGGAGAAAUCUAUGAGAGUUAAGAUUGUUUUGACAAAGGAGGAACUGGAGUGGCUGCUGUUUCAGCUCCAGAUUAGAGGAGGAGGAAGUGGAGAGUUGCAGGCUUUCUUGGGAGACUUGGAGAUGAGAAGCAGAGAAAAAGGUUUGGGAGGCUCAGGGUGGAAACCUUCACUUGAGAGCAUCACUGAGUGCCCUGAGCUGCCUCACACCAUGGAUAGAUAAUAAUCAUAAUAAUAAUGACUGCUCUGAUCUUGCUUCGGUCCACUUGUCUCGUCUAGCCGGGUGCAUAUAUCAGUACAGUAUGCCAAAACGUCUUUCUUUUUGGUAGGACUAUAAGAUAUAUCAAAGGCUUGAAACUUGAAAGACGAGUUGAGUUUGGUUCUUACUCCUUUGUUUAAUUUCUUCUUUUAUAUAUAUAUUUGGCUUCUUUUUGCUCUGCUCAGGAAGAGGGUUGUUGUAUAUCAAGAUGUAGUAGAUGUGGGCUAAAAUCCAUGUUUGUAAAUGAGUUUAUUAUACAUAUACUUUGAGAUGGUGGAGUUAUAGAUCAGAGGACUAUAUAGUAUAGUAUAGUAGUGUAUUUAGCAUGCAUAACUUUUAUUUGUUUUUUCUUUUGAAUUUGCUGUCCUGGUAUGAUUUUUCAAGCUCCUCAUCUUCCAAUCUUGACUUUUGAUCAAUGUUUCAAUCAUAAUUGAAGACAGCAUAGCAGGCUGGUUCUGGUUUUUGCA